AUGCACAUUUCAAAAUUUGAUCCUCGGGUUGAAGAGCUACUGAGCUCUGAGCAAGUCGUUCUGCGAGCAGAUUCUGGAGCAAUUGUCAGCUCCACUGAUGAUCUUGAAGCUUGUGAGUGCUCUAUUCUUCAAGUUUCCUUCAAGCUCCUCGGCGGAAAAGGAGGAUUUGGCUCACUUCUCCGAGCGAUUGGCUCCCAAAUCCACAACACAACCGACAGAAAAUCCUGCAGAAACCUUGAUGGAUCAAGAAUUCGAUCAAAAGAGUACGAAAAAGAUCUUGUUGAGGCCAAAAAGCGAAAGAUCGAGAAAGACAAACAGCUGGCGAUCGAGCGAGAAGAAAAACGAGCAAAGAAGAUGGAGACGAUCAUCAAAACCGCUGCUGGCGAGCACGGAGGGAAGCACUACUUCGAAGACGAAGAAUACGUCGAAUCCAAGGAGAAAUCAACAGCACAAACGGCCGAAUCUGUGGCUCUAGCAGCCGCGAAAUUGAGAAAACAAGCUGAAGAAAAACGCAGACGAGAAGAAGAAGAGCGACGAAUAAGGGAGCAGAGCGCGGGAGACGAUACUGACUCUGACUGCAGCUCGUUAGAGGACGAAUUUAUGCCGGUUAAAAGCGUCGUCAAUACUGGCCCAACUCGACCCAUCAAGGGUGGAUCAAUCACAGCUUCUGCGAAGACAACCAGCCACUCUGACGCAAUGUACAGUCAUCUGCUCGGCAAAAACAUUGGCGAACGAAAACAAUUUGAGCUCAACAAAAUACAGGACAUUGACUUGAUGAAACUUGAAUCGAUCGAUUCCCUGAUGUCCGAAUCACUCGAUCGUCUUGGCGAACUCUUGAUGCUCCGAGGCUUGAAAUCAACUGGAACGAUUCCAGAACGUGCCGACCGCCUUUGGAAAGUACGAGGACUUUCUGUUUCGGAAUAUCCAGCCGACCUUGUCGCCAAACGAUAA